AUGAAUCAAACAAUGCAAUGGUAUCAAAGCAAUAUGUUCUCUAUAUUACAGUUACCUGAAGAGUUGAUAGCACGAAUUCUCUAUUUUGUCCAUAUUGAAUCAUAUCAGUCCAAGGCUUCUCAUUUUGGGGAUUUGCUCUCGAUGUUGUAUACGUGUAAGUUCUUAUACUACAAAUUUGAAUACAUGAUAUAUACUUUGAAGCCAUUAAUACUAAAAAAUAAAAGCAAAUCGUCCCCAGGAAAGUCACUAUUGAAAAAAAUAGCAUCCAACUGCCUUAUUCAACAAAGAAUAAGGGUGCUAAGUAUAGAAGACAGUGUUCCACAAAAACGAUUUCUCGUUAACUUUCUGUUUAAGGACCAAGUUUCGGAAGAUUUGAUACUUGAUAACUUACAAAGCCUUCUGGGUCUUCGAACUCUAGUAAUUAGUUCGCAUUCAGGCUCAAUAACUAAGUACUUGUUGAAUGCACCAAGUUCCUUAACAAGCUUUGAGUUACACCUUGAGACAACUUUUAGCACGAAUCUUAGAUUUCGAUAUACUCUCGAAUCUAUAAUCGAGCAAAUAAAUUUACUUGAUUCUAUCAAGGAUUUCAAUUUUAGUCUUCAAAAUAUCAAAAUAACGUCUUCAAGGCCAAUUGUAAAGUCAAAGAUUCACAGCAUUUUUUUACUUGGUAGCUUUCGUAUAGAUGAAGACUACGACAAUUUAGCUGCAAAUUACUUCAACUCUUCAAUUGUAAGGAAAUUUGACAAAUUCAAUCACCCAAGAAAACAGAUUCUUCACAAUUUUGGACACUUGGUCCACAGAAUUUUAACUUUGAACAAGUCAUCUUUAAAAUCCAUUGAAUUACAACAAUUCGAUUUUGCUUUGAUAAUGGGCAGGCACUCGAAAGUAGAAACUGUUUUUUUAUUUCCCACUCUCAAACUACUCCUAAUUGACAAUAUUUCGCUCCUUUGGCGGGACGCAUGGUUGGCUCAAUUCCAAAUGAAAAAUAGGACAUUUAGAAAUGGUCGACCAUUGUUCAUUGUGAUCGACAAUAAAGUCACUGGUACAUUGAUGUUGAAACCUACAUUACAAUUAUCAAGCACUCGAGCAAUUGAUACCCCAUGGUCAAUAUUGACAGAUCCUGAAGCAACAAUUAAAGAGAUAAAGGAAAAAUUGGGAAUUUUCUUCUGA